CAGAGAGAGAGAGAGAGAAAUGUCGUCGUCGACGACUAUGUUCAUCGCGGUUCAAUGCUGCCAAUGCUCCACAAUGCAGGUGAAGCAGCAGCAACAGAAGAAGAAGAAGAAAAUCAGCAAGUGGAGGUGCGUGGUGUGCAACCAAAUGCAGUCUGUUUGCAAAGUGUUCGCUCAGGGAUUCGUCGCCAAGGACCUCCGCGGCUUCGUCCAGUCCUUCAACAUGUCCCGCGCCUUUACCCAACCAUCCCCACUUCCACAAUUCCAAGAAGAAGAAGAAGAAGAAGAAGAUAUUGUCCACGACGAUCGCGUUCAUAAUAACAAGAGACGAAGCAGCGAUUGGAGUCAAUUCCUUGAUCCUGUGGAAGUAGAAGAGCAGCAGGUUGAGGAAGAAAGUGAUUUUGAGCCUAAGAUUGUGACGGAGUUGCCAGAGGAUUUGUUCAAGAAACAAAAACUCAAUGCCAAUGCAGACCUUCUCUACAAUCCGGUUUUCUCCAACAGAAAUUCCACCGCCAAAAAUGUCAUCUCCCCAAACAAGGACCCAAGGAGGUAUCAGCCUUUCACCAAGGGCUCUUCACAAAGGAAUGACCGCAUGAAACAAGAUGAUGAAGGCCAGGAGCCAAGAAGGAAACCUCAGCUUCCAUUUCCAACUACCAAAGCCAAAGGGGUUUCCAAAUGGAACGACUACAUUGCGCAAGAUGAUAAUGAGUACUUGCAACUUGGAAGUGGCAGGAAUUUUGAACACCAGCUGCAUUACCAUACCUUGGAGUUCGAGACCAUAAACAAUGAUCAAAGGGUUGAAGAUGAUGUCCACCCUGAUUUCUUGUGAAGCUUGCUCCACAUUGUGCUGUGCAUCCUCCCUUCUCUCAUACGGAUGUGAAUUGCAUCCAUUUAAACACGCUAUGUUUGGAAGUUUAGAUGAAAAGAAGAGGAAAUACUUCUCUUUUUUGUUUAGAUGUUUUGAAAAUUGAAAGAGAAGAGAGGAAUAGAUACCUUAGCCUUUGAUAUACUUCAACAUUUUGUAAUGUGUAAAAAAAGGGGGAUGUAUAACAUUCUUUCCAAAAA